GUGCCCAAUCUGAGUGAGAUACAGUCACGUCUGGCGUACAUCUCCUGUAUACGACAGCUCGAGGAGGUGAAACGCAGUGGUAUCUGCUAUUACCUGCGUCCGCCAAUCGACAAGUACAUGACCUUGCAGUUCUCGGCUUUCGAGGAAAUUGUGGUAAGUGAUCGUCCCUCCCCCCCGUCAACCCCCUCUCGUUUUCUGAUGAGCUCCACUCACUCCCACACCAGAAGACGGGUUGUUAAACCUACCCGUGUUUGA